CCUCUAUUUAAAUGCUAUGCCACAUGCCCUGUGUUCCAUCACCAAAGUUUGCUUCUCCUAUUUCAAUUUGUUUGAAAACAUGACGCAGAAAAUAUUUCUCAGGUUUUUGGUGCUCUUCUUGGCUUUCACUUUCGUUGUCUCAACUGUUGCUCGAAGCAUAAAGACAAACAAGGAAGAUCCAUCUGCACAUGCAGUUCAAGAUCUACAGGCUCAGGAUCUGAGGGAUGGCGAGGAACUUUUUGAUGUAGAGGGCAGAAUAUUGGAGUUUGAAACCGCAGACUACAAGGGCCCAGGAGCAAAUCCAGGCCACGACCCAAAAACUCCUGGAAAGCCUUAAGUCCGAAUUUUAGAUAUUUUUGUGUAUAGAUCGAAGUUUCGAGGGUUUGGAUCUAGAAAUGGGUUGGAUUUCCUUGCUACUGAGUGUGCUUGUUAUCCAUAAUCUUGAGUGUUGUUUGUCUUCUCUUGUUUACUGAAUCUUGGAAAGUGUGUGUGUGGUUUUAGGUUUGUGCAUAUAUAUUGUGUGACCUAGCUUGUGUAUAGUGUUUUCCUUCAAGAAAUAAAAUG